AUGCGUUUUCCACUGGGGAUCAACCUCGACAACAUGGAGCCUCUCUCUAGAAUUGACACCUUGUCUGUGCUGUCUUCCAUGGGAAUCGAGCUUCCCGCUACGACGAAGCUCCCAGACGAGGCGCUGGAGAAACGCCUUGAGCAAGCCCUCAACGCGGCCCAGUCUCUGGCCAAAGUCAUACCAAAAGUUCCGCUCCACAUUGCAUCUGUCCCAUCAUGGCCUUCCUGUACUUCCGGGGUGGACGAGACUCGCUCUGUGCACGAUGCAAUCAGGCGCGGCAACUUCGGCGAGGCGGGCGCGUGUAUGCGUGCGCGCUCUGUGGGCGCGGAGAACGCGGUCGACCUUUAUGUGAACCCAAUCCUGGACCUUCGUCAGACCCUCAUGUGCAUCGCAAAGCUCUGGGAUGACGGAUACAGGUGCUGCGUGGUGAAGGACCCAGAGGGCCAGACGUUCGCCAUCAAUAUCAGGAUGCUCUCGGUUCAGCGGAUUGAUUCCAAGACGCCCCUCCUCGUCAUGUUGUACCAGUCCUUCGCCCAGAACAACCGGUCCCCCGGCCUGCAGUGGGUCCAAGAGCGCAUGCAAGAGUCUGAUGCUGGCACAAUAAGCCUGAUUCACGCGAACGAGCUCGAAGGCAAGCUCUUGCUCCAGCUCCUUGCCAUGAACGCCAAGCAUCUACCGCCGGACUUCCAGCCCCACAGGCACGCCGUUGAGCGUGACUUCAAGGUAUCCUUCUUGAUCCCGGUUGGCCCGCUCUCUUUCGAAGAUCUCGGGAAGUUCAACGCAGACACUGGGUGUGUGCUCUGUGGCGAGAAGACGACGAGCCGGUGCUCGCAAUGCUUGUCGGUCUUGUAUUGCGGACAGGCCUGCCAGCGCGCCCACUGGGCGGAACACAAGCCCACCUGCCGGUCGCUGCGCGGUGGUACGUGGCGCACGGUCCGCUUCGUGAACAGUAUGCCCGGGUUCGAGGGCCAUUACAGCUACAUCUUCAACCGCUUCAACUUCAACAAUAAGUACACGGGGCUGCGGACGAACCACGAGAGAUACCCACCCCCGAACGCCCACGGCGCGAAAGCGUUCCUUGUGAAGCUCCAGAUCGGUCUCGCGAAUCGUGACGCGUACAUGAUCUAUGACAGGCAGCGGACGCUCGAGAGCUUCUUCCGCCAGGACCGCGAUCUCGUACUGUUUGCGGAGAUCAGGAGGGAGAUGGAUGGCCCCAGAGGAGGGCACGCCGGGUUCAAGAUGUACCGCUGGGCGAAGCGUGUCAGUGAUUGGGAACUGAGCAUAUGUUUGGACAAGGAGCCGCAGGCCGACGUCAAGUGGUGA